AUGUUAUUAGAGAAGGAAUUGAAGGAGCGAAAACCAUGUAGCGGCGUAAAAUCAGAUAUUCCUGUAAAGAAACGUGGCAAACGCAUUGUAGUUUUAUUAUUUCUUAUUUUUUGCUGCAUCUCUUUGAUUGCAUCUGUAGCGAUAUUUGAUGAAAGUAGUAAUAAUAAUAGUGUUGAGAUUCCGAUGAUGUCUGUACAGUCACAGUCUCAAGUUAAACAAAAAGAAGAGAUAUUCAACGAUAAGGCAAUACAGGAGGAAAAAAGACUUUGGGACCGUGAAUUACAACAGGAACAAAUUUUACAGUCACGAUUUGCAGGACUUUUUAUUGGAACUGCCAUGUUUAACGAAUCUCUUCGAACUCAGUUAGAGGAUAUUCCGCAAUGCCGUGUCCUUGGCAAACCAUUUCUAGAUUACUUACAUAAAUAUCUGUUAUUUCAUUACUAUACACCUUUUAAGGAAGACAACGCGUCACGUCUUAUUUACUCAUGUGAAAGUCACAAAAAAGGUCAUCUUUGCGGUGGUAUGGGCGAUCGUUUUCGUGGAAUUAUUACGGCAUUUUGGUUGGCACUUCUUUCACGUCGUCGAUUUGAACUCUAUCAUCCCACUCCUGUUCCAUUUCAGAAGUUUAUGCCACCUUAUUUGGUAAAUUACAUUCCUUCUUUGCGUAACAACGCCUCAAGAAGGCAAGGGAUCAUUCCAGAUGAACAAUCUCCUAAGAAAUAUCGAGAAUCACUUUCUACUUUAAUAACGGCCGCUCCUAUAAACUUUCAUUUAAUGAGAAUUGAACGGCAUAAAACUUAUGUUUUACAUCAGAAGAAUGCCAAUAAUUGGAAAUUAGAACGACCCGUUUAUGGGAGUAAUGAGUGGUGGCGACCGCGUUAUGUUGUAGAAGAUAUUCGAAUACAAAGUAAUUCUGCUGGUAUUGAUGGAUACUUGUACAAGGAUCAUGAAUUAUAUGAAUUAAAAAAGCGAAUACUAGGACUUGAAGAAUGUAAUAUUUCUUGUUAUUAUGGUUGUUUAAGUCAUAUUCUUUUUCAACCUGAUGAUCGUAUUUGGGAUGCGGCGGUACAAGUUCUUCGUGAAUCUAAGGAUAAAAACUUAUUAGCCUCUCUUUCUUCAGGUCGAAAAGUUAAAGCUGGAGAAGUGUUACCUUUUGUUAGUUUACAGGUGAGAAUGGGUGGUUCUUGGGCUACUGGUUUACAUGUUCCCGAGUCGGUUCGAACAUUCCCAUGGUCAUUGCCCCAUUACUUCGCUAUGACUCGUGAAGUGGUGAGUGGAGAGGCAUGGCGUCGUCGUCCAGAUCUUUUUCCAUCUAACUACCAACUUGCGAAUACAUUUCGACAGAAUAAUUCUGUUGUACUUUUUGUAUCUUCGGAUUCAGCAAAAUUUGUGGAGGAGGCAAAACGUUUACUAGGUGACAACCAUAGUGUACGCAUUCUUUCUAUAUCUGGAGAUUCCUUUCAACACACGGAUACAUUAAAUCUUGCAGAUCUACGCGGUCAAAAGAGUGAUGCAACGGCAGAGGAUGCAAGGAGUCGUGCAUACUUUUUAACUCUUUUAAAUCAUUAUUUACUUAGUAUUGCCUCUCACUCCAUCAUAUCCCAAUCUGGAUUUAGUGACACCGCAUUCUGGCGCAGCCGUCAAGUAGCGAGCGCUAUUUUUAUUGAAGUACAACGUCAAGAGGCAUGGCAGCAUCAUCUGCGAUAUAGAGAUAUUCAUAAUAGUACCAUAGGGGGAAGUGUAAAGAGCAGCAGCGGCAGCAGCAGCAGAGAGACAACGCCUGUCAGUAGACUUGUUUUACACUCUGCUGAAGUUGUGAGUAGCCGUAUUUUGCAUGAUCUUCGCGCCCCACCGACACCAUUCUACUCGUAA